CAAAUUUUAGGCUGAAUAACUUUGACAACCCACAGCUCAAGAUAUUACUCGUUUAAUAGGUUGCCUGAAUUCGACUCUAGAGAGCGCUAAAAUGUUUUUAUUUUCCAAUCAAAUAUAUUUUGUGGAAUUUAUAGAGAAUAUUUCUGAAAUUGAUUUCCAAAUUAUGACAAUUUUAAUAUCACUUGAUAAUUUUUCAAAACUUCAACUCCUAACGUAAUUUCUGUUACUCUAUGAAAUCAUCGCAGGUCUUAAAAAUUGUAAUCUGUUGAAAAUUCAAAAUAAGAAUGGCUUGCGAAAAUGAUAAUGACGACGAAAAAGUUGAGUUGGAAGAGCAAUUCAUUUUAAGAAUGCCAAAGCGAUUUCAGGUUGAAGCUUUGAAACUUCGAGAUUUACUGAAUACAAAACCUAGUAAAAUAAAAAAGGCACUUAAAAUUAGCCUCAAUUUGAACAAUACUGGUUUUGUCAAAUUUGGAAAGCGAAAAAUAUAUGGUUGUUUGAAAAAAUUUCCCACCAUCAUUGAAUCUUAUAAAACUCAUGAUAAAGUAACUAUUUGUAAAACUGCCGACGUUAGUCACAUUCUCCUUUGCGGCUAUGAAAAAUAUGAAAGUAAAAAAGUAAAUUAUGUGCAUGGAAUAACCCCACCAUUAAAAAAUGUUAAAAAGAAAAGAUUCAGAAAAACCCUUAUAAAUACCGAUCGAGCUGUUGAAGUAGAAAAUAUAGAAAGAGAAUUGUAUUACCUUCUAAGAACUGACCUAGAAGCAGUUUCAUCGAAAUAUGAAAUAACCUAUGAACAUGACAAGGAAAAUUAUUCUAAUAAUAGUGAACUUCACUUGUUUGGAAACAUUUCUUCUGAGGUAAAUUUUUGGAAAUUACCAAUUUACAUAAUAUAAUAUUCAACAUUUUUCAGAUGUCAGAUGAAGCAGAUUGAUCAAACAUCUAUUGAGGUAAAUUUUGUAGAAAAAAUUGAGUUUCCAAAAAAUAAACAUUUUUACAAUUCAACA